CGGCAGAGCAGUUUCGAACAGCCAACUAAAGUCCGCAGCUUGUAUACCAUGAAGUUCGUAAGUGGAUAUUAUUAUUGUUCUCUUUCAUCUUCAGUUUUCACAAGCCAUUUAGGCUGUUACUACGACACCCGCUCGUGUCCAUACAUCCUAUCCUGAGCUGACGCUCAUCCGUCUCGUAGAUAUCCGUCUUGUGUAUUCCAACUUCUAUUCGAUUAUUCCAUUGGUCAGCCCAGUCUAUCCGUCUUUGUUUUGGUCCAUCUAGCUGGCGUUUGCCAUUCAGUUUCCAUUUUAGAAUCUGUUUCAUUAGAUUUCCGUACGUGGCUAGCCCGUGUAAUUCCUCUGCAUCAUAGUAUUGCUCCUAUAUCAGGUUCCUUAUAGAACUGUCUUAUUCGGCAUUACCUCAUGUUUCGUAUUGCUGAGUGGUAAAAUCCAUUUUGUCCUGUAUAUUCUUCUUAGUAUUCUAAAGACUUCUGUUUUUCCUUCGUCCCUUUUAAUUUAAUAACUAUUGUAAACGUAUACUUAUAUAGGUAUUUAUCUUAAAAAAAUUUCUCACGUGACUAUAAUAUUUCUUAAGAUAUUUUUAUUGCGUUCUAAACAAAAUCUAACCUAAUUUAACCGUGUGUGUUUGGUAUGUAUGACGUGAUUACAGGUAGUAGCUCUUGUUACUCUGGCAGCCGUAUGCCUCGUCGAUGGAGCUGACAGCAACGAUAAAAAGCAGACGGCAAAGCAAGGCAAACGGAGUCUGGGAGGUUUCGGUUAUGCGCUGUCGUCUGGUCUAGACUACAGUUCAGGUCUUGGCUACGGUUCUAGUCUUGGCUACGGCUCCAGCCUUGGCUACGGCUCUGGUCUUAGCUAUGGUUCUGGUCUUAGCUAUGGUUCUGGUCGUAGCUAUGGUUCCGGCCUGAGCUAUGGCUACGGCUCUGGAUUGGGAUUAUCAUCUGGACUGGGCUUAGGAUAUUCCAGUGGUUUAAAAUAUGGUGCUGGGUACGGACAUGCCGCGAUAUCCGCUCCCAUCCCAACUACCGGACCAAUAGUCCCGAUCUCCAAGGAAGUGCACAUAAUCAACCGUCACGCCCAACCCGUAUCCGCCCCGUACCCGGUGCCUGUGCAUCAUGACGUAGCAGUACCCGUGCCUCACCCAGUGCCUUACGCGGUAGACAGCCCGUACCCGGUCCACGUACCCGCGCCGUACCCGGUGCCCGUAGAAAAGCCGGUACCGUACCCAGUCGACAGGCCCGUCCCGCACCCAGUCCCGUCACCUUACCCGGUACCAGUUGUUCGGGAUGUGCCCGUUCCCGUGGCCAAGCCGUACGCCGUGCCGGUUAUCAAACGCGUUCCCGUACCGGUGACUACACCGGUCGUCGUACCCGCCGUACACCAACCGGCCGUGGCAGUAGCCGCCCCUAGUUACGGUUAUUCAAGCCAUAGUGGACUGUCCGGAAGCCUUUAUGGUGCGCCGUCACUUGGAUACGAUGCGUCAUCCCUUGGAUACGGAGCAUCGUCACUUGGAUACGGAGCAUCGUCACUUGGAUACGGUUUACCAUUAUACGGUCACGGACACAGUUAUGAUUACAAAAAAAAAUAGAAGUGAACCAGUUCGAAAACGACAAAGAUCCCGUCUAGAUAUGUCAUUUAUACUAUUUGUACGCGUUAAUAUUCAUUAACGCGUACAUAGUUUUGUGCAGU